AAGGCCACAAAAGCCUAAGAAGGAGGAGCAGUGGCAGCAAUGAAGGGAAGCCUCUUUCAUGAGCUGGAGGUAGGCCUCCCUGCCAGUGAAGUGUGGGAGGUCUACGGCACGCUUCGACUGGCCCAACUAGUCGUCGAAUUGCUCCCGCACGUCAUCCAAAAGGUCGAUGUCAUCGAAGGAGAUGGUGGCGUGGGUACCGUUUUGAAGGUCACUUUUGCUCCAGGAACUCCCGGCGUACAAUUUUACAAAGAGAAGUUCGUCAAAGUUGACAAUGAGAAGCGUGUGAAGGAAGUACUGGUGGUUGAAGGAGGAUUUCUAGAUUUAGGCUUUCGCUCGGUCUUAUUUCGACUUGAGAACAUUGAGAAAGAUAGCAAUUCCUCCUUCAUCAAAUCGACCAUCGAAUAUGAAAUUGAUGAAGAGCAUGCGGCCAAUGCUUCCCUUGUCACCACUGCUUUUUUGGCAACCAUGGCUGAGACCAUUUCGAAGUAUCUCACCGAGAAGAAAACUGGUGUUAUGAACUCUUGAAUUCAUGGUGGGCUCAAGCAAUGAAUU